AGCCGCCAUGUUUUGUGGCCAGAUGUCGUCACAGCGGCACGAAAUUUUAGUUGACGUUUCAUUUCCAUAGGUUUCCUACUUCAUUGCAAUCACCUACUGGCUGUUACUAUUGAAUACAUGCGAGGAUUUUUAUGAAAAUUAUGAAAUUAUCGGUGAUAAACCGGGUCUGAUAAAACUCAUUAAGCUCUUACUAUCCAAGGUAACAUAAAACUGUUAAAAUAAUAAAAUGAAUUCCAUGCUACGGAAUCGAGUUAGUUUUGUAUUUCGUGCAUUAAGUACAACUCCCGUGCGACAAUGUGCUGUUCCUCCUAAAAGAACUCCGAAAACGCUUAUGCCGAUAACAUGGAAGUCAAUGGCAGCAACCGUUGUAGUUGGAGGAGGCUUGACGGCUUUUAUGAUGUAUGUCAAAAAAGAAAAACAGGAGGCGCUUGACCGAGAAAGAAAAAAACAACUUGGAAAAGCAAAAAUAGGUGGCAGUUUUGAGCUAGUAAAUUCGGAGGGCAAAUUAGUUAAAAGCGCUGACUUCUUAGGAAAAUGGAUGUUAAUCUAUUUUGGCUUCACUCACUGCCCAGAUAUUUGUCCAGAUGAGUUGGAAAAGUUAGCCGAAGUUGUGGAUUUACAUGACAAAACUCCAUCAUCACCACCUUUGCAACCAGUCUUCAUAUCAGUAGACCCUCAGAGGGACACACCAGAAUUAGUUGGCAAGUACUGUAAGGAGUUUACACCAAGACUGCUAGGUUUAACUGGAACAAAGGAACAAGUCCAGCAAGCUUGCAAGUCUUAUAGAGUGUACUUCAGUGCCGGGCCACAAGAUGUUGACAAUGAUUAUAUUGUUGACCACACCAUUAUAGUUUAUUUAGUUAAUCCAGAUGGUGAAUUUGUCGAUUAUUAUGGACAGAAUAGGAAUGCCAAAGAAAUUUAUGAAUCAAUGUUAGUGAACAUUAAGAAAUAUGAAGCUGCAAAGAAAUCAACAUGGUUUUAAAGCAUUUAAAUGUGCUAGUUUAUAGAUUAUAGUUUUAAUUUACAGUAUUCUGUUAAGUUCUAAUAAAAAUGUGAUUUAUUCUU